CACGUGGCGGAGACGUUCGUAACGUCACACACGGCGUCUUAUCUACUGGGAACUAGCAGCUAACGAGGCAGCAGAGAUGGCGUACCGCGGGCAAGGAGGCCAGAAAGUGCAGAAAGUGAUGGUGCAGCCCAUCAAUUUGAUCUUCAGGUAUCUUCAAAAUAGAUCACGGAUUCAGGUGUGGUUGUAUGAGCAAGUGAAUAUGCGUAUUGAAGGCUGCAUCAUUGGCUUUGAUGAAUACAUGAAUCUAGUGCUGGACGACUCAGAAGAAAUCCAUCUCAAAACAAAGUCACGAAAACCGAUUGGGCGUAUCAUGUUGAAAGGCGAUAACAUCACUUUGCUACAGAGUGUCAUGAAUUAAUGCUUCGGAUAAAUCUGUUCCCCUCUGCUGUUCCCAAACAUUUUCAUCUGUGAAAACAGAAGGAAUGAAACCGGGUACUUUUUUCCCUCUUUUUGGACUUUUUCAACUACAUUGUAGAUUUGUCACUGUGUUAUGACGCCUGUAAGGAUUACAGUGAAACUUUUUUCUUUAUAUAUUUUUUAAAUCAAACUGGUUAUAAUUUCAGGUAUUCCAGACAAUUACAUAGAAACUGAUGUCAAUGCAAGGAUUGUUCACUUUUGUACAAGUGUACAACUGUUAAAUCUAUUCUUUUUCAAAGAGAAACAAUGCCUGAUUGGGCUUAGAGCUCAUGAAGGUUAUGUAUCCACAGAGUAAGUUCUUGAUACUGAAUUCAGAUAAAUCAAAUGUUUUGAAACUGUUCUUGUAUUAAAUACAUUUAAGACAAAAA